AUGGCUUGGCUUGCUGGUCUCCUGCAAAAAGGAGGAAUAUGCGAAACCUGGGACGGGGAUUCUUCCUAUAACACCGCCAUUGUAACCUUUCUUAAUCAUGGUGAAAUGGUUGGGGAUAAAACAGCAACGUUGACAAUGGCACAUGAAGUUGGUCACAGCUUUGGGGCAGAGCAUGAUCCAAAACAUUGUCAACCAGGUGGAAAAGAAGGCAACUACUUGAUGUUUGAACAUGCCAGUGACACAGGACAUAUAAAUAACGAUAGAUUUUCACAAUGUAGCAUCACCACCAUGAACAGAAUACUGGUAUCAAGAGCACACGAGUGUUUCACAGAUGGUACUUCAUAUUGUGGCAAUGAAAUCAUUGAACCAGGUGAAGAUUGUGACUGUGGAGAUCAUUAUAAUUGUAAAUCACGCGAUCCUUGUUGUUCUGAAUCGUGCGUUCUUCAAUUCCCAGCGCAGUGCAGUCCGAAGGCAGGACCAUGUUGCACGAAUGAAUGUGAAUUUAUCAACAGCACCGAAAGGAAGCUUUGUCUGGAAGAAACAGAAUGUUCCUUUUCAUCAUAUUGUAUGAAUGGUACGUGUGUGAAGGCCCCACAAAAACCAGACAACAUCAUCUGCAACAACGGCUCCAAUGUCUGCAAACACGGAGAAUGCCAGGGUUCAAUAUGUUCUUAUUUCGGUACCAAACAAUGUCUAUGCACAACGUUGAAUUACCGAUGUCAUGUGUGUUGUAACAACACAAUGGGAGAAUGCAUCGCUUCCUCGUCGUUCACAGGGAGAACUUUGUUUCUCAAGGAAAAAACUCCAUGUGCUGACAAUAUGUAUUGUGACGACGAUGGUCAAUGUACCGAACAUGCGCAUAAAUUCUACGAGCAAAAAGACUCAAUUGAUGUUAUCAUGAAAUGGUUGAUAAAUAAAUGGUAUGUAUUUGUGUUGAUUGCCAUAGCAACAACAGUGAAGAUUGUGUUCUGCAGUUACUAUAGUUACCGAUACUGGCAUACACGUAGAUCUCGACCGCAAGAUGAAGUGCAGCUUGAAAGACUGGAGACGAUAUACAGAGAAUAUCCCAAUACGUUACAAACAGAUCCACCAACAGAAUCAUAA